UUGUAGUGGUAUUUCUUCUGGUUUUGGCUUGCUUUCUGAGUGUGUUGUUCAGUUGGUGAAGAGGGCAUUUUGGCAGGUAAAGAAGAAGAAGGAGAAGAAGAAGAAAAUGGCUUUCCUAAUGAAAAGUAUGCUGAGCAACCAGGUGAAAAAUUUGGGGCUUGGUGGAGGGGGUGAAGAAAGCAAAGAAGAAGCCGCUCCUAGCGACCCAGCUGCUGCAGCCGGAAUGACCCGGGAAGAAUAUGAGGAGUACCAAAAGCAAGUGAUAGAGGAGAAGAUGGAGAGAGAUGCAGCCUUUGCACAAAAAAAGGCUGAGAGAGCUGUACUGAGGGUUCAUAUGCGAGAGAAGUAUAGACUUCCAAAGAGUGAAUUGGAUGAGAACCAAAUCCAGAUGGCUGGUGAUGAUGUAGACUUGCCAGAAGACCUCCAGAAAAUGGUGGCUGAAGAUCAAGUAGAAGAAGAAGACAAAGAUUCUAUUCUCGGACAACUUCAGAACAUCCAAAAUAUGGACAUGGAUGCUAUCAAAGAGAAGGCCCAAGCUACUUUCACUGAUAUUAAGCAGGCAGCUGAACAGAAAUGUUCUGUAAUGUAGUAGAGACAGUUACAAAAUCUAUAUACAAAUGCCCACUAGCCAUGGAGCAGUAUGGUUAUUCACACUGCUCACUUGCCAAUCUGCACUUUUAUGAGGAGUGUUUUGGGCUUUCCUUUCCAAAUAAUGUAAAAAUACAAAAACAAAUUGGAUAUAUCUACUGAUAAAGGUUGGUGGAGCUGGUGGGAUUCCAAAAUUGCAGGUGAUGAACCCAAAGCUGUAGAGUUGAAAACACAACUCUUUCCUUGGUGUUUGCCAAAGUACAUCAUGCUUCCUUGAAUUACAUGAUACGAGUCACCUUGUUAACAGUGAAGGGAAGCCUUUUCAGUAAUUUAAAAUAAUUUCAGUUUCCAGGAUUUAAGAAAGAUAUAAUAGUUCUCAUUCAGUGUGGUAUUAGAAAAGAGUUUCAUAGAUAGGAAAGAUUAAAGAUAUGUGAUAUCUGUUUUGCAUAUGGACUUUGCUGAGCAGUAAUGUCCUGAAAUAAAGGGAUACCCGUUAUACACAGUGUACAGAGUUGUUAAGUAAAGGCACAAUAAAUGUUAUGUUAUAAAGGGACCGUGUCCCAACCUCUAAUUCUGUAUUAAACAUACGU